AUGGCCGCCCUUAAUGCUUUUAUCCCAGAAAUAGGAGAAGGGGUGGCAGAUGGAGAGGCCGACGAUCUGACCGGCAACACAAGUGAGGAUCACGAAAGCUCCGACCGCGUAGAUCCAUUGGCGAUAAGUCUUCGUGGAGAAGACUCGGAGAUAGAAGCAGAGGAUCGACAGCUUGGGGAACAGGAUGGAGAAGUUGUAGAUGAAUUCUUCGGCUUUGUCAAGCUUGAUCCAUCGGACGACGACGUUUGGCUGAAGCGCAAACAUGUGCCGGCCUGCUCCAGCGUGCGCGACUUACCUGAGCCGACUACGAUAUGGCCCAUGCAGAAAAUGUACGCUGGUAUCAUGUGGUAUACAUCCCAGCCUUUUACGGUGUGA